UGACUGGCUCGCGGGCUGGAGGCCUCGAGGCAGCUCGGGGUAGGAGGAGGAGAAGAAAAGAAAGGAAAAGAGGAGGAGGAGAUGAGAUGGUAUCAACGUUGUCUGCUGUGGCUCACCUGUGGGAGUUGAGGUGAAACACUUCGCUCUGUCUGUCCAAGUCACGGAAUUCCGUGCGCAACCGGGAGCACCACGUGCUGCCUUAGUUUACGUUCUAACCGAGUGGAUUAAUAUUUGCCACUAUAAUGCAUCAGAGUGGGAAGUACUCUCCGACGCGAUACAUCGCAGUGGUAUCGCCUUUAGCGGUGGCGCUAUUCCACAACUCCACGGCAGUUCAAGAGCGCAACACAAACACAGCUGAUAAUAGCAAGGAUUCAGCUCGGGACCUACCGACUGCCGAGAAGGAAUUGCCGAAUAUUAAGAUGCGGAACUCCAAAGCCAGAGCCGUGAAGGCUGUGAGUCCAAAACCGCAAAAGAGAGAAGAAAAGCACGACUAUCAGAAGAGGAGAGAAGACAAGAAGGAGGCUCCGAGUCAGACACCUGUUGCGCCGAACAAACCUGCUGAGGAUAUUAGCGCAGGUGGCGGCGGCGGCGCUCAUCACAGACCCCGAAAACGGAGUUUCAGACCCCCGGACGUCCGGACCAUCUUCCAACCGGCCAAGAAGAAGGACCCCCGCGUAAAGGAGGAGCGCGGCGAGGGCCACGCGUUUGAGCCGGACACCCCGCCAGCCUUCUGCGACGUCUGCUGUCAAACCAUCUUCCAGGAACGACUUACAUGCACAGGCUGCAAGUACACGUGUCAUGCGCAGUGUCGGGAGCGAGUGAAUCUGGACUGCCACCCUCACGGCGCCCCCUCUGACGGCCCCCAGAACUGCAGCUCUCAGGACCAACUCAACAAUAACCAGCACACACAACAUGAUGUGGAGAAGGAUAAGGAGUUGCGAACUCACUUCACCAGAGAGGAGAUUCAGCACAAGGUCAACCUGUACAACGCAGCCACCAGAGACCACCUGAAGAUGACACUGCACCCCAGUGGUCUGUAUACCGGCUUCAUCAAGGUGCAGCUGGAGCUGAGAAGACCCAUCACCGUACACAGCGGAGGAGGAGGAGCAGGAGGAGGAGAGAAGAAAGGAGGUGGGGAGGCGUUCUACCUUCCCCGGGGGGCGGUCAACACGCUCCACGUCAGCAGCUCCAACACGGUGGCCCAGGUGAUCGCGGCGCUCCUCAACAAGUUCACCGUGGCCGACAACCCCGCCAAGUUCGCCCUCUACAAGAGAUGCAAACGAGAAGAGCAGGAGUACAUGUGUAAGCUGGCGGAGGAGGAGCAGCCACUGUUCCUGAGGCUUCUGGCCGGACCCAACACGGACACACUCAGCUUUGUACUGCGCGAGAAGCAGACGGGAGAAGUUAUGUGGGAUGCGUUCUCCAUUCCGGAGCUCCAGAACUUCUUGCGUAUCCUGGAGAAGGAGGAGGCGGAGCAUCUUCAGAACAUAACGGACCGCUACAGCCGAUACCGACACAGACUGGAGGAGGCGCUGCAGAGCACACACACAGGGGACUAGAGACACACACACACACACACACACACACACACACACACACACAUUUGCACACACUGGACUUUUGGAACACACAUGUAUAUGACUUGAGAUGGAGAAGAGAGGAGAGGGGAGGAGGAGAGAGAGACUCGUGAACACACAGAAGGAAGAUUUUGGAGUUUGUGGAGCGUCGGAGAGGAGCCUUUGAGAGGUGUGUGUUUGCAGUUCCCUCUCCUGCUGAUGGACUCAACUGUUCCCAUGGAAACUCAACGGUUCCGACUCAAAUCACUCGGAACUCGGAGAUGCAUCAUGGGAACCUGAAUCGGUCUCCAGGGCAACGGGGCUUGUCUGUCCCACUCAGCACCACCGGUGCCAUAUCUCACUUCACUUUUACUGUCUCUCUCUAUCGCUUGUUUCUCUCUCCCUCUCUAUCUCUUUGUCUCUCUCUCUCUCUCCCUCCAGUAUUCUAUUGUAUACAUUUUUAUUUGUAUUUUUUGUUUUGUUUUGUUACCUCUUAAAAACUUUAUGAGAAUCAA